CGGCGGGCGGCCGAGCCGGGGCUGAGCCGAGGGGUACGCCGGGACCCUCCGCCCGCGGGCAGCGCACCGAUCUUUCUGGAUCCCUGUCUGAUUGCUCCAUGGUCUCAAACUCUCCCCUGUAACUGUCGCAAGGAGCCAAAAUGAAGUUGAAACAUAACAUCAACCCCAUUCUUCUGCAGUUUAUAAACUUUAUUAUCUUGGUUUAUACGGUUGUAACGUACAUUCCUUGGUACAUAUUUUCAGGCUCAAGGCAGGCUAUAGCAAAAUCCAAGCAGGUUAAGGCUAGACCUGUGAAUAACAGGCCUGGGGGUGCAUACAGGUCUGUUAACAGUCUGCACUGCUUAGCUUCAGUUCUAUAUCCUGGCUGUGAUACACUCGACAAAGUUUUUAAGUAUGCUAAAACUAAAUAUAAGGACAAAAAGCUGUUAGGAACGCGGGAAAUCCUGAAGGAGGAAGAUGAAAUCCAGCCAUCAGGAAAGGUUUUCAAAAAGGUCAUCCUUGGCAAGUACACCUGGCUUUCGUAUGAAGAUGUGUACAUCAAAGCUGUUAAUUUUGGAAAUGGCUUAGCAGUGUUGGGUCAGCAACCAAAGACAAACAUUGCUAUCUUCUGUGAGACUAGAGCUGAGUGGAUGAUUGCAGCACAAGCCUGCUUUAUGUGCAACUAUCAGCUUGUUACUCUGUACGCUACCCUAGGAGGUGCAGCAAUAGUACAUGGGCUAAAUGAAACAGAGGUGACCACCAUCAUUACUAGUAAAGAGCUGAUGCAAACAAAAUUGAAGGCAAUUGUUUCUCAAAUUCCACGGCUGCGACAUAUUAUUACAGUGGAUGGCAAACCAACAACGUGGUCAGAAUUUCCCAAGGGUGUCAUUGUUCACACUAUGGCUUCUGUGCAAGCUAUGGGAGCCAAGGCAGACAGUGGAAACAAACAGCAGGCCAGGCCUGUACCUUCUGAUAUUGCAGUGAUCAUGUAUACAAGUGGAUCCACAGGAAUUCCCAAAGGAGUUAUGAUCUCCCACUGCAACAUAAUUGCUGGUAUAACUGGAAUGGCUGAAAGGAUUCCAAAUCUGGGGGAAAAAGACAUUUAUAUUGGCUACUUGCCUCUUGCCCAUGUUCUGGAGCUGAGUGCUGAACUUGUGUGCCUGUCUCAUGGAUGCCGCAUUGGUUACUCAUCACCUCAGACAUUGGCUGACCAGUCCUCUAAAAUCAAGAAAGGAAGCAAAGGUGAUGUUACUACACUUAAACCAACUCUAAUGGCAGCUGUGCCGGAAAUUAUGGACCGAAUCUACAAAAAUGUCAUGAAUAAGGUAAAUGAAAUGACGAGUUUCCAGCGAAAUCUAUUUAUAUUGGCCUACAAUUACAAAAUGGAACAGAUUUCCAAAGGCUACACGACCCCGCUCUGCGAUAGCCUUAUUUUCCGGAAAGUACGAAUGCUGCUAGGUGGAAAAAUUCGCAUCCUGCUUUGUGGAGGAGCUCCACUCUCUGCAGCGACUCAGCGAUUUAUGAACAUUUGUUUCUGUUGCCCUGUAGGGCAGGGGUACGGGCUCACUGAAUCAGCUGGAGCUGGAACAAUCACAGAAGUUUGGGACUACACUACAGGGAGAGUGGGAGCACCUUUGGUUUGCUGUGAAAUCAAGUUAAUGAACUGGGAAGAAGGUGGAUAUUACAACACUGAUAAGCCAUAUCCUAGAGGUGAGAUUCUUAUUGGAGGGCAAAAUGUGACUGUAGGCUACUAUAAAAAUGAAGGACGAACCAGAAAGGAUUUCACUAUUGAUGAGAAUGGGCAGAGGUGGCUCCAUACUGGAGAUAUUGGAGAGUUUCAUCAAGAUGGAUGUCUAAAAAUUAUUGAUCGUAAAAAAGACCUUGUAAAACUCCAAGCAGGAGAAUAUGUUUCUCUUGGCAAAGUAGAAGCAGCUCUGAAGAAUCUUCCGCUGGUAGAUAACAUUUGUGCAUACGCAAGCAGUUUCCAUUCUUACGUCAUUGGAUUUGUUGUGCCAAAUCAAAAGGAGCUUGCAGAACUAGCUCGAAAGAAAGGAUUUAAAGGAACCUGGGAAGAAAUCUGUAACAGUCCAGAGAUGGAAAAAGAGGUACUGAAGGUGCUAGCUGAGGCUGCCAUGGCAGCUAAUCUGGAGAAAUUUGAAAUACCAGUGAAAAUCCGUUUGAGCCCUGAUCCUUGGACCCCUGAGACUGGAUUAGUGACAGAUGCGUUCAAACUGAAACGCAAGGAGCUCACGGCGCACUACCAGGGGGACAUCGACCGGAUGUACGGGACACAUGUCAAAUAAGUACUUCUCUGCACCACGUUGCUACAGUGAGCUUGGAUCAAAUAGGAAAUACUUGAAUUGCCUGUCUCAGCACUUGAGAUCAAACACCAAACCACCAUUCCUCAUUUGAAGCCUAAACUGUUAUUUCUGAUAACAUCACCCUGAUGACCAGCGAGUUUAGUAAAAUCUUACGGCAGCAAACUUGUGUCUGUCUCCUUUUUUAUCCAGUUUUCUCUGCUACCUUGUCAGUUCUUGGAUUUUCCUGACUGUUUUUGGGAAACCAUGAUUCUGAAGCCUCAAGUUUUUAAACAUUUAUAAAUCCUGUAUAAUGUUUUAUUUGUAUCUUUAACAUUUGGAUGUAUAUAGGGAGAACUUGGCCAUGUAAGAAAUGGUGAUACUGGGGGCCUUUUUUUUUACCUAACUAUUUCAAGAUAAGGUACUGAUGUUGUGACAUUCUGUAAAUUAAAAAUGCUUAUAAUGACGUCACUGUUGAACAGAGGACCAGAUGAUUUGCUGCUGUGGUAUUUUUCUGUGUGAAUCUGAGGGAAAAACAUUUGACGUUACAGCUUGUUUAAAACAUCCUUAAUAUGUGCCUAAUGGUUACUUUUGUUUUUGUCUGAAAGUGAAAAGAUGGUCAUGGCACAGCUCUGCAUAAAGGUGGGUAGCUGUGCAGGUGUUAGUGAGCAUCUUUUGUAUUAAGUAACACUUAUUAACACAGCAGAAAUGAAAUGGAGGAAUAAUCUCUCAAAUACAGAAGCCCCUUCUUGAAGUAGCUCGUGAUCAUUCCGUACAGUAGUUGAACUGCAUGGAGCUAAUAAGAACUCUCAGAAUUAAUUUCAAUUAAUGCUUUGUACGUUUAACAGUGUCUAGCAGAGAGACUGCAACAAAUCCUGUUCUGUUUUCUUGUUAGAUUUGGACAACAGUGUGGGUUUGCUGUUUGGUUUGUACAAGUAUGAUAACAGCCCUGUUCUGUGCUAGCUGCAUCCCAGAUCUUACUGGAGAGAGGGGAGGCUGAAGUCCUAAUAGCAGUUAUGUUCUCAGUUCACACAGUGCCUAGCUGCCCUUUGUGCCAUUACAAAUCUCCCUUUUAAUGUUGUGUUCUUCUAUUCAGAGGUUUGUUUUUUGUUCCUUUCAAACACAGAUAUUUGAGCUAUUUGUCAGCCAGAGUUGUAUUUAUGUUACUUGUCUAAUCAUUACACCAAAAUUCUUACUUUGGGAAGGAGUCUCAGUUUCUGUUUUGCUGUAGAUAUGUCAAUAUUGUUUGAAGAGUUACCAGAAAUCUCUUCAUCUUCAGUGACAACACUUAGAUUUGUUUCGGAUUUGAGUUUCAUUCUCAAAAUAUUUCUAGAAAGAAAAUAAUCAGGGUUACAUCAGUGUGAAAAAAUACACAUCCCUCAACUUUGUGAUGGAGCAAAUACAAAAAUAGUGUUAAUUUGGAGACAGUUCUUGCGUGUAUCAUACUGGCAGUGCUAAAAGUUGAAGUCUUGUUGCUACCUACUUAAUAGCAUGUUAUGGCAGCAUGUGGCAAUUCUGAACAGCAGAAGGUUGAUUUGGGGAAGGGAAUUCCUGCUGCUAGCACUCAGAGUUUUGAUGUGGCAGUUGUGGAAGUUCCUCAAUGUGUGAAUUCUCUUUAAAAAGUAUUCUGAAAUGUUAUUUCAAUUAACACUUUCCACUGGUUACAGAAAGCAGUUUCAAAGCAGUUGAAUGUUAUCCAGUAGGUUUCAGUUUUGGAAAAAUGAUAAGGUUUGUGUUCUUUGUUGUAUUAUCAUCAAUUUCCUCUCCUAUGAAAAAGACUUAUGUUUGUGGUGUAACAGGUGAAGUGGAAAUACAAAAAACAAACCAAGACUGCUUUUGUAAGAGUGAUGCCUUUGGAUACCUGGACAAUAGAUGAUUUUUUCUGACAAAUAGGUAAAGAUUCAUGUUGGAAAUGAACUGUCAGGAUGUGGGAGUUUGCCAGGAGUGAAGGGAAGUGUCAAGAUGUGUCUGCCCUCCAUCAACAGGUUCUUAAGAUGUUUGCACUCAGCACAGGACGUGCAUUGCUCAAGUGGUUUUGGUGAAAAUUAAUAAACCACUCCAGUACUGUUACUGUGUGUAACACUUGGUGCAUCGUGCAGCAGGUUUGAUUUAUUUGCUAAAUUCAGAAGGAAUUGGAAAUUGUUACUCCAGAGUUUACAUGCAGUUUUGGGUAAAUUGUGUAAAUGAAACUGAAAUAAUUUGGUAUUAGUAGUUGUCUUUUUUUCUCUGAUUGAGUUGCAGUCUGUAUUUGAUUUGAUUUUUUUUUUUUUCCAGUUCAGGUUUUUUAUGUUUAACAUUGAUAUCAGUAUACAUAGUUCCUCCUCCUUGCGGAAUCAGAUUCAUUGCAGAACUUAUAUGGGAUGUGAAGUUGAAGUGGUUCAUCAAUUUGAGCUUCAGUGCUGAAGUUUUGAAAGACUUAUAAAAUAUUUGGAUGAGCUUAAAAAACUUGUGAGUGUGGCAAUGUAACGCUGCUCUGCGUUCUGUUCUUCCCUGGAGGCCAGUGAGUGCUGCGACUGGUAGGAAUUUGGGGCUGCCACCAGGUUUGCACCAUGUGCACUGCACUGCUGAGCUGAAAGACAACUGGGGGGAGUUUGAAAUGCUGGUAGUACUGGUGUAGAUGCACGGUGCAUUAUCACCAGCCAGCAAUUUGCCUGGUAUCUUCCCUUUUUUCAGACUUCUUAUGGCUAGUGUAAAAAAGAAACAGCAGAACCACCCGAGGGACAUAAUGCAAGUGUCCCAAAUGCUGUAGGCAGCCGUAGAGUGAGCUAUGAGAAGUGCUUGGUUAGCAGUAGCAGUCUUCAUCCUGUGGGGAAUUCUGCAACGAGAAGAGCUGUAACUUUUGAACAAUCUGAAUUCAAAUUAAGAACAAAGGGUAUAUACCUCACCUGAGGGCCCCAAAUGGACAGUGGAAUUUUUAACAGAGCUUUGUAAAUACAGAUCUUGCAGAAUUUUGGACCAUUGGAAAUGGUAACUACUUUCUCUGUUGUGAGAAUUUAUGUAGCAUACAAAUGUAUUUCAUUUAUAAAAAAUCUUGGCUGUCCAAGAAUUUCCAAGGAUGCUGUGAAUGUCCUGUAAGUCCCAUAACCACUUAAUGCAUUUAUCAGGACUUCAGACUGAAUUCAAUCUGGUCAUGAUAAAUGUUCUUUGUGGAGGAUAUUGAUUCGUGGAACAGAUCAGGAAAUUAAAAAAUAGUGUCAGCAAAGGCCUUUUGAGUUUACUGAUGCUGCUGUUACUGCAGUUUGCACGUGUAAGAGCCAUACCUCAGUGGGAAGCUGUAGCUUAGCAGUAGAAUAUUUGGCCGAAGUGAAAGCAACGAACAACGUGGAACUGAAGGUAAGAACAUAACGCAUAUCCUCAUGCUGCGGUUUGGUGGCUAGGAUGUGGAAGAAGUCGUGUGGUUGAAACCAUGCACAAAAACAUCCCAUAAAGCUUGUGAAUCUGUCUGCAGAAAUUGCUGUGGGGUGAGUCUGUAUCCUGCUAGAAUGUACAAGCUUUCAUUCUGCACCAAAGCUACGUGUCGGCCACGCGGUGCAGCCUUUUUCCUCAUGUGGUGCAGUAACUACUUUGGAGUUGGUAUUAAUUUGUGUACAUCUGUUCUGGUAAGAGGAACUCUUUUCAACUUGUGUACAUCUUGGACUGGGCUGAGAAAUCAAUUGAACGACCAGUUGUAUAUUUCUGUAAUUGGUUAAUUAAUUUAAACUCCUUUUCAAUGUGAUCUUGGUUGUUACUAGGACCUGCCUGAGCAUCGUAUAUCCUAAUUGAGUUAUGCUGUAUGAAUUAUUUAUUUGUAAUUGGAUAUCAUGUUUCAAAAAUAAAAUUAAUUUCACAAA